UGUUUUAAAUUACAAGAGCCAUGAUUGAUAGAUUAUUUUGUGAUACCAUUCAUGACUCAAAAAACUGUAACGCCAUUCGGGACCAAGGGAAUUAUGGUAAGAACACCUUUUUGUCGACCAAUUCUAAUGAUAACGAUUUGGGACGUAGUGUGUCUAUUGUGGGCACACUAUAUAAUGAAGAAGAUGAGUUCACGAGAGAUGAGUUAUCAAAACAAGCUGUUAUACCUUGCCAAAAUGCAAUAUUUCCUGGUCGACAAAAUCAUUAUGAUGGAAUUGAAUGUUCUAAACCGUCCAUCAACAGUGAAUUUGAUGAUUUCGGUGGAAAAAGAGAAGAUAAUACGAAUCAUGUUCGGAGCGUCGGUUCGCAGUGGGGAACUAACGUCAAUAACAACACUCACCAACCUGGAUAUAGCGACGGAAAGGGUAAAGGCAAUACCGGCACUCGAACAGUGCUCUCAGAAUCCUCAAAGAAGAUCCAGUUUCUGUACGAACAAUUGGGGCCAUUGCUCCGAGUCAAUACCCCUGGGGGCAAUGCACGGUACAAGAAAAAGACCUGCAACCUUGUACUGCCGAACGAUCUACCUAAAAUUUGGAGCAAUGAGUGUGAUACCUCCUUGUGCCAAGUGUUCCCAAGUGAUGAGUUCGAUGAUGGACAUGGGUAUCGUAACAAUUUACCAAUUACAAUCGAUACAAUUAUGAAGCCUAACCGUUGCUAUAUUGCAAAUUCACUUGGUUAUAAGAUCUACGAUAAAGAUCAAGAAGAUUAUAUCAAGUAUAUAAAAGAAGAACUUAACUGUUACAUUGAGGAAGUUAUGGAAUAUGGAUUCGAUCAUAUCAUAAUAAUUGGGCAACAAAACUGCGGAAUACUUUUCCUGGACUGCUUCGGCCGCGUGUUUAAUUUGGACGGUAUGUCAAGUACAUUAGUGUUUCAUGGGGAUUACUUAGAAGGAGUGGAAAGAGUGACAAAGGGAUUUGAGCUUAAAUGGAUGCGAUGGAUCAUAGAAUCUGAUACAGGGAAUAUUGUUGUAGCUGCUGAACCUGUUGAAGCUGAUUAUGGUCCCAUGCAUUCUUAAGAGAAAAAAAAGAAGAGUUCAAAAAAGAAGAGUUCAAGAAAGAAGCGUUCAAGAAAGUAAAUUCACUGAUUUAGUUUUAUGCUUGCUAUUAGGUGGAAAUUAUUCAGUAAAGUAAACUCUUAUUGUUAAUUGAUGGAGAUAACUGAUUGAUAAUUAGUUUGAUUCUGAAGCACACUGCUUAGUUACUUAAUACAAAAAAAUAAAAUGCAUUGUGAAAUAUUCAUUUUAUCUGUGAAAAUAUUAACAUAUAUUCUACAUAUUGUUUUUUCCGCAUCGUUUAUUUCGAGGUUAAGCGUGGAGGAUAUUGACUAUGUUAUAGCUAAAGUUUUGAAAUCGAAUCAAUGCCUCCCUUGAAGCAUUAGCUCCUG